AUGAAGUCCUCUUUUGCAGUCGCCGCCGCCCUCGUCGUGGCUCCUCUCGCCUUUGCGGCCCCCACAGCGCCUCCAAGCUACGACAACAAGGUCGUCUGCAAUGAGGGCCUCUCUGCCGGUGGUCUUCUUCACGCCCUAGGCGCCAACUUUGACAAGCCGCUGUCCACCGCGGGCGACUCUUUGCUCCUCAAAGCGAACCGCAUUGCGCAAAACUUUACUCACUACGAGUGCUCAGCGCCCGGCUUUACGGGUCCCGUCAAUUCAUUCUACGGUCUCGUCAAGCCUGCAGGGGAUGGUGUAAACGGCACCAAAUGCCUGGGUGCCAUCCAUGUCAGCGGCGACUCUCGCCUGCGACUUCAAGAGUGCCCUCGGCAGGCCGGCCCUUACCUCUCUCAGUUCUGGUUCCAACGCGGGGAUGACAAUUUGCAACUCGUCGGCAAGCCUGACAAGGAGGGCAAGGUGGACGCCAAGGUUGCUAGAAGAAGCAUCGCCUUUCAGGGCGACAUUGCGAUCGCCACAAACAAGGACUACGGCAAGCUUCCCCAACUCGUCCUGUACGACGACUAG